AUGCAGUUAACCUCAGAUGUGAGAGAUAUCCCAACGCAACCAGGGUUCAGUUUUCGAGUCGGAGCUCGAUCCCCAGAGGACCCAGCUGGCCCCACAGAAAGCGCCAAGUUGCGGCUCGACGGAUCAGGAGGAGGAACCAGAGGAUCGCCCAGUGGUUCUCGACGGACGCUGCAGCCUAGGUAUCUCCCUCAAAUUCCACUGGCAGGUGUAUCUCCUGCUAGCGGACGACUCAAAACAUCGCCAAUUCACGACCAGACGCAGUAUUGGGUCGUGACGCAGGCUAUCUUAGGCAGCUCCGCCGCCAGAAAGUACAAUCUCUGCGUUAUUGGAUGUCAUCAAUUGACAGUUGUCUUAGGAAAACGGGCACCCCUCAUUCUACUGGCAGCUCGCGAGGACAACUGGGACGAGCCAGCCCUUCCAAUUGGAGAUGAUGGAUACGCCUGCCCAUACGCCUCACUCCGGCGUUUAUCGGAUCGGCUGAACGCAGCCAGCGGUCGGAAGCGUCUCCAAACCGAAUGUUACGAUCGGCCCUUCUUUCCCCCAACAGAUAGAGCGAGGACCAACUACGUAGCGGGGACGAUCCGAUGCGACUAUGGGGGGUCCAUUUGCGCACAAGGGAGAAGCGCGGUGGUGUCGAUGAAAGAGCCAUGCAGAACGAAGGUGAACAGCUGGGAGAGCUACAGCAGACACGUCAUCUGCUCCCAUAUCGUCGACGGCCGUCCUAGCACUGGAGAGACCAUCGAUGAUAGGAUCAUCCAUCGACUUCGUAGAUCUUUGGUCGCCAUUGGCAACGUUGAAGCGGCGACCAGCUCGACCCUGACGACCCAGAAAGAGCUGGAAAAGCGAGAAAAGGGCUAG